AUGGCUCAGCCACCCCGUUAUCAGUACGCACAGCUUCCGGUGUUUCAAUGGAGAACCUUUGAUCGAGAAACUUGCACAUUUUCUUCUCAUCCUAUAAUUCCACCUGAACGAUUAUAUCCCAGCAAUCCUCCUGCUGACGACCCUUUGAAGAACGACGAACCACCCCCGCCAGAAAUGGACGACAAUCCUACCGAUCCUGAGCCGUCAGAAGCCCCUCCCCAAGACAUGGAAGGUAAGCUUGCAAUCUGGACGUUGUCUGUGUUCCGCUCAUUGACGAUAUCCCGAGAAAUCAACCUCGCCGGGGACGACCAUCCGCCGCCAAAUGAGGGCGGAGAAGAUGCUCCCGCACCUGAUAAAGCGGAUGAUGAGCGGAUGAAAUUGGAAGAACCCGGGAAAAUUGAAGCUGAGGGUAUGCUUGACGCCAACGUCCGUGGUGCAGGGCGUACUGAUAUUUCUGUCCCAGGAGAAGAAUCCAGUCCAGACGCUCCCUCAGGAGACGCGGUUGCAGAUGGAGGAUCAGGGGAAGGGGCCGACAAUGCUCCUGAAGAACUUCCCAAAGAACUAGAGACAGAACUGGAUCUAGAUCCAGAGGUACUAGCAGAAGAACCUACUAACCCGCCGGCUGAAGAAACGCCUGGAGAGGCAAACGAUGACCAUGAAGCGGACGAUUCCGAGGAGGCCACUGCUACUGAAACCCCUGGUGAUGAUAAACCUUCAGAGCCAGAGACGGUGGUAGAAAUGGUGGAGAAACUACAAGAAGCAGACGCUCCGCCUGAAAAAAUCACCGAAGUACUGGAGAAGGCCAUGUCGGAUGUGGGGGCUGGCCCCGACUCACCCGAGCCAGCAUCUCAGGCCGGUGACAUGCUCGUGGAAGAACAAAAAGACAGCCCAGCGGAUCCCAGGCCAGAUGAUCUUACGGAAGAAGUAUCGGCCACUACCGAAGAUACGAAAUCAGGAGAGGCCGACUCCACAGAAGAGGCUCCAAAUGCUGAUGUAGAAGAACCUCCAGGAGAAGGGUCAGAAAAGUCUGACGAGGCGUCUGCGGAUGCGGAGCCGACUGAUACUGCUGCCGAAGCCAUACCAGACGAGGCUUCAACAGUGCCAUCUCCAGAAGAUUCUCAUAGCGAACCUCGGGCAGAAGAAGGAGUAGAAGAGGCAAAAGAAGAACAACCCCCUGCCGAAGGAGAAGGUUCAGCCGAGGAAGACAAAGAAGAGUCUGAAAAUGCUACCGAACAAAAUACGGCAGAGGCUGAUAGCGAGGAUGCUGCUGAUGGUGAAGGGGCAAAGAAUACGUCUGAUGCGCCGGAAUCUGAAGACAAGGGUGAGGAGAAUGUGGAGGAACCGGCCUCACGAGAAGAAGAUCCUGAUCCCUCCGGUGGUUCAGAAGCGGCCGAGCAAAGAGAAGAAUCCUCUGCUGAAGACACACCUACACAGGAGAAUCAAGAGACGGAGCCUCCGGCAGCCACUGAAGAUUCUCCUGCCAUUGAAGAGAACUCUAAGGAACCAUUACCUGCAGCAGAGGACGGGGUCAGCCCUGCAGAUGAAGCUCCAGUCAAUGCAGAAGAUAAGGAAGAACAGACCGAAGCCGAGGCGGAGGCCCCUGCAGCAGAGGAUAAAGCUCUGGCCGAUGCUGAACCGGAAGAGGAGGCAUCUGAAAAUGCCGCGAACGAGCCACAAGAAUCACCGCCUGCAGAGAACGAUGAGGGCGCUUCCCCGGAAGACACCAGUCCGCCGACUGAAGUCGCCGGCGCCACAGAAACAGAAGUGCCUGCUGAUACGGCCGCUGUCACAAGUGAAGAUCCUGCAUCUAAUGACGAAGACAAAGAAGUUCCUACUGACGAGCCCGCCGCUGAACCCGCUGCUGAGGAACCUCCCGCCGAACAACCUGCCACUGAAGAACCUGCCACUGAAGAACCUGCCACUGAAGAACCUGCCGCCGAAGAGCCUGCCAGUGGGGAGCCUGCCACUGAGAAGCCUGCCGCCGAAGAACCUGCCGCCGAAGAACCUGCCGCCGAAGAACCUGCCGCCGAAGAACCUGCAGCCGAGGAGACUCCCGCUGAAGAACCUCCCGCUGAAGAACCUGCCACUGAGGAGACUGCCGCUGAAGAACCUGCCAUUGAGGAGCCCACCGCCGAGCAACCUGCCGCAGAGGAUCCCGCUGCAGAUGAAGAACCUGCCAGUGAACCCACUCCUGAAGCCACUCGGGAGGAUGCUACUGCCGAAGAUGCUCCUGCAUCCGACGAACCAGCUGCUGAACAACCUGCGGAAGAAGCUGUUGAAAAGGAAGUGCCCGUUACUGAGGAAGCACCGGCACCGGCUGAAGGUGAUGCACCUCCACCAGAAGAGAAAGAAGCACCAGCUACCGAAGAACCAGAGCCUCCAGUUGAGGAGGCAGUUGCAGCUGUCGCUGUCGCUGCAGCAGCAGUCGCAUCAAAGGAGAAAAAGGAAAGGCGUAGAGGAAAUCCUGACUCAAAACGAGAGCAUCACCCCAAGGAUCCUUUGCGUGGACACAAGGCAAAGCUUGAAAGAAGCAAGAACGAGGCAAAGCUGUUCGACAAUGCCUUUGCAAGAGAAAUUGUGAAGGCUAAGGAAAAGGAGCAACUCCGCCACGAGUCCGAAGAAUACAAGGAAAGGCGACGUUUGAAAAGAGAGAAACUUGCUUCAGCCAGAGAAGAUCGAAGAAGACAACAGGAAGAGGCAGCCGCGGCAAAGGAAGAACGAAGACGCCGACGCCGAGAGGAGAAUGAAAAGAGCAAAUUUACAGAAGAGAUUCACAUCAAAGCUGGGGCUGAGCGUGAACGAAAGCGACAAGAAGCAGCGGAGACGAGAGCCGAAAAGAACAAAGGCAAAGAAAAGGAGCCACCUGCCGAAACUUCUCGGGAUGCGACAACAGAAGCAAGUAGUGAGCCCAGACGAAGACCUCGCCGACCGAGUUUCGCUGGUUCCAACAGUGGAGGAAGCAAUUCGGGCGGAACUAUUCCUAACAUCUUGAAGAGAAUGGGAACAGGUGAAAGUGACACAGGAGGACCUCUUCUUAUGAUCAGGGUCAACGAACCCGAUUACCCCAGGGACAAAGAUCGUGACAGGGAGAGAAGCCAUUAUCACGAUCGCCGGGAAUAUCAGUACCACAAACACCGCAAACAUGGUUCGGAUAAAGAGCGAGAGAUUGAAGACGGGGAGAGCUCUCACAGACAUCAUCAUUCAGGAGAAGGAUCAUCGAGAUCACGACACUCCAGUCAGAAGACCGCAAGGACUUAUCAUGGUGACUAUCAUUCGUCUCCGAAAAUUGGAGUGUUGAGCAAGGCAAUGAAUACCAUUGCAGAACAUGUUACGGUCCGAGACAUUUGGCGUUCGGAACGGGUUGGCGCUUGA